CCCACCACCAGGACAGCCGUGCUUGUGAGCAUUUCUGGAAUCCAAGCUCUUCCCACAGAGGGAGGGACAGAGCAGGCAGCAGACACCAUGGAGUCCCCCUCAGCCCCUGCCCACAGAGGACUUCUCCCCUGGCAGGGGCUCCUGCUGGCUGCCUCACUCCUCACCCUCUGGAGCCUGCCCACCACUGCCCAGCUCACUAUUGAAUCAGUGCCGCCCGAUGCUGCCGAAGGGAAGGAUGUGCUUCUCCGUGUCCACAACCUGCCUGGGAAUCUAGUGGGCUAUGCUUGGUACAAAGGGGAAACAGUGGACAGCAACCAUAAAAUUCUAUCCUAUAUAAUAGACACUCAAAAAAUUACCUUUGGGCCUGCAUACAGUGAUCGAGAGAAAAUAUACCAUAAUGGAUCCCUGCUGUUCCAGAACGUCACCCUGAAGGACACAGGAUACUACACCCUAGUAGCCACAGACAAAGAUUUUAAGGACAAACAAGUAACUGGACAGCUCCGUGUACACCCGGAGUUACCCAAACCCAGCAUCACAAGCAACAACUCCAACCCUGAGGAGCACAAGGACCCUGUCGUGUUAACGUGUGAACUUCAGACUGAGAACACCACCUACCUGUGGUUGAUCAACAGUCAGAGUCUCCCAGUCAGUGCCAGGCUGCAGUUGUCCAAGGACAACAGGACUCUCACACUACUCCCUGUCACAAGGAAUGACACAGGACCCUAUGAGUGUGAAACCCGGAACCCCGUGAGUGCCGCCCGCAGUGACCCAUUCACCCUGAAUGUUCUCUAUGGCCCGGACGCCCCCACCAUUUCCCCCUCCGACUCCGAUUACCUACGUGGGACAAACCUCGGCCUCUCCUGCCAUGCAGCCUCUAACCCGCCUGCACAGUAUUCUUGGCUUAUCAAUGGGAGUUACCAGAACACCACACAGGAGCUCUUUAUCCCCAACAUCACUUUCAAUAAUAGUGGAUCCUAUACCUGCCUCGCCCAUAACUCUGCCACUAGACUCAAUAGGACCACGGUCAAGAUAAUUACAGUCCAUGAGCCAGUGGGGAAGCCCACCCUCCGAGCCAGCAAUGCCACAGUCACAGAGCAGAAGGAUGCCGUGGUCCUGACCUGCCUCACAAAUGACACUGGGAUCUCCAGCCGGUGGCUCUUCAAGAACCAGAGUCUCCUGCUCACAGACAGGAUGAAGCUGUCCCGGGACAACAGCACCCUCACCAUCGACCCCGUCAGGAGGGAGGACGCUGGGGGUUAUCAGUGUGAAGUCUUCAACCCCGUCAGUUCCAGGAAAAGUGACCCCUUCAGGCUGGAUGUGCAAUCAGAACAAACCUACACUGGCUACUCUGUGGGGACCAUCAUUGGCAGCGUGAUCGGGGUCCUCGUUGUGGUGGCUCUGGGGGCCUCCCUGGGCUAUUUCCUGUACCUCAGGAGGACUAGGAGGGCCAGUGACCCCCGUGGCCUCCAAGAGCACCCAUCCCCAGCGGCCACCCCUGGCCAGGGUCCCACUGGAACCUCUGCCUUUCGGGGUCCCCUACCCGACCCCAAGACAGCAGGCCACAUCUAUGAGGAAUUACUCAACCCAAAUACAGAGGUAUACUGCCGGGUCAUCCCCAGAGCAGACGUGGCUUCUUAGUUCCUCCAGGACCUGAGACCCCAGACCCUGUGGAUGUGGCCUGCGCCAGAGAACCAGCUCUGAGCAUCAUGCUAAGCGAAAUAAGCCAAUGGGAGAAAGAUAAAUAUCACAUGAUCUCACUCAUUUGUGGAAUAUAAUGAACAACAUAAAGUGAUGAACAAAAUAGAGCCA